AACUCACAUACCCAUUCAUUGGCAUCCCAAGGUUGGGUUUGAAUCAUUUCUCUCUCUCUCUCUCUAUUAAACAACAAAACACACACACACAGACACACACACUCUCUCUCUCUCUCAAAUAUAAGGAAGACAAGCCUAGAGGCUUUGCUUUCAAAAUUCUGAGAGGGGGAAAGGAGAAAUUAAGCAGAAGAAGCAUGGUGAGUUCAGACAUGGAGCAGAUGAAGAGAAAGAAGAAAAAGAGCAGCAUAGGCAUCUCUUUCAAGUCGAUAUUCAUGCAUGCCGAUAAAUACGAUAUGGCGUUGAUGGGAUUGGGUUUGCUGGGCGCAAUCGGCGACGGAGUCUCCAUGCCUGUCAUGCUCUUAGUCACAAGCAAGCUCAUGAACAGCUUCGGAACUUCCCAGGACUCUCUGUCAGAAAACUUCACCCACUCCAUCAGCAAGAAUGCGUUGGUUCUUUGCUACAUGGCUUGCGUGCAAUGGGUAGCUUGCUUUCUGGAGGGAUAUUGCUGGACAAGAACAGCAGAGAGACAAGCUUCACGACUAAGAACUAGGUACCUCAAAGCUGUAAUGAGGCAAGAUGUCGGCUACUUCGACCUCCACGUCACCAGCACGGCCGAGGUCAUCGAGAGUGUCUCCAGCGACAGCCUAGUCAUCCAAGAUUCCAUCAGUGAAAAGGUUCCGGUUUUUGUGAUGAACCUGUCGACCUUCCUGGGAUCGUACGUGGCAGCAUUCAUAAUGCUGUGGAGGCUAGCGAUCGUGGGGUUCCCGUUUAUCAUCCUGCUAGUGAUCCCGGGGCUGAUGUACGGGCGGGCGCUGAUGAGCAUUGCAAGGAAGAUACGGGACGAGUACAGCAAGGCGAACGUGAUCGUGGAGCAGGCACUCUCCUCUGUCCGCACCGUCUACUCUUUUGUUGGCGAGAGUAGGACUAUUGCGUCCUACUCUGCCGCCCUGCAGGGGACCGUUAGCCUCGGACUCAGGCAGGGUCUAGCUAAGGGUCUCGCCAUUGGUAGUAACGGCGUCGUUUUUGCCAUAUGGUCAUUCAUGUCUUACUAUGGGAGUAGGCUUGUCAUGUACCACAAUGCUCAAGGCGGGACUGUCUUUGCUGUUGGAGCCGCCAUUGCUAUUGGUGGAUUGUCACUAGGCUCGGGGCUGUCGAACCUCAAGUACUUCUCCGAGGCAAGUGCGGCUGCGGAGAGGGUGAGGGAGGUGAUCAAGAGAGUCCCCAAGAUCGAUUCCGACAGCAUGGAGGGGCAGAUGCUGGAGAAUGUGUCUGGAGAAGUCGAGUUCAGACAUGUCGCUUUCGCAUACCCUUCGCGACCAGACAGUGUAAUCUUUGAGGAUUUCAACCUUCGGGUUCCUGCAGGGAAGACGGUGGCGUUGGUCGGGGGGAGUGGUUCGGGGAAGUCUACCGUGAUCGCUCUGCUGCAGAGGUUCUAUGACCCGGUCGGGGGCGAGAUCCUCUUCGAUGGGGUGGCGAUUGACAAGCUGCAGCUCAAGUGGCUGAGGUUGCAAAUGGGGUUGGUUAGUCAGGAGCCGGCUCUUUUUGCUACCACCAUUAAGGAGAACAUUCUGUUCGGGAAGGAAGAUGCAUCCAUGGAAGAGGUUAUUGAGGCUGCUAAAGCUUCCAAUGCUCAUAACUUCAUCACGAGCCUGCCUCAAGGCUACAAUACGCAGGUUGGAGAGAGAGGUGUGCAAAUGUCUGGAGGUCAAAAGCAGAGGAUAGCCAUAGCCAGAGCCAUUAUAAAGGCCCCCAAAAUCCUCCUUCUGGAUGAGGCCACCAGCGCUCUGGACUCUGAGUCCGAACGCGUUGUGCAGGAAGCCCUCGACAAGGCGGCUGUGGGGCGAACAACCAUCACCAUCGCCCACCGCCUCUCCACCAUCCGCAGCGCGGACCUCAUCGCGGUGGUGCAGAAAGGCCAGGUGAUGGAGAUCGGAUCACACGAAGACCUAAUAGAAGACGAGCACGGCCUCUACACGUCCCUCGUACGCCUCCAACAAACCGAGAGGGACGACCACCACCACCCGGCCAUCAUCCCUGCUUCCACAAUGCCAGGUUCCAUCACUAUCUCCAACAAUGACAUCUACAACACGAGCAGCAGAAGGCUGUCGUUAGCGAGCAGGACCAGCUCGGCCAACUCGGUCGCGCCAACUCGACCGCACCAAGUUGAUGAGCGGCGCGAGCAACUGUUCCGCCCGCCUUCUUUCAAACGGCUACUUGCCAUGAACCUGCCCGAGUGGAGGCAGGCGACAAUGGGCUGCAUAGGCGCAAUACUCUUCGGUGCGAUCCAACCGCUCUACGCCUUUGCGAUGGGGUCGAUGAUCUCGGUCUAUUUCGAAAAGGAUCACCGUGAGAUCAAGAGACAGACGAAGAUAUACGCCCUGUGCUUCGUCAGCCUAGCCGUCUUCUCCAUGCUCGUCAACAUCUUGCAACACUACAACUUCGCGGCAAUGGGGGAGCACCUGACGAAGAGGAUCCGGGAGAGGAUGCUGUCGAAAAUCCUCACGUUCGAAAUCGGGUGGUUCGAUCAAGACGAAAACGCUACCGGCGCUGUCUGCUCCAGACUCGCCAAGGAUGCCAAUGUGGUGAGGUCGCUCGUAGGUGACAGAAUGGCCUUGCUGAUACAGACAUUCUCUGCAGUGACCAUAGCUUUCACAAUGGGGCUUGCUGUGGCGUGGAAGCUCGCAUUAGUGAUGAUUGCAGUUCAACCUCUCAUCAUCAUCUGCUACUACUUGAAACGUGUUUUACUCAAGAACAUGUCAAAACAAGCAAUCAAAGCUCAAGAAGAGAGCAGCAAGCUCGCAGCUGAAGCAGUCUCGAAUCUCAGAACCGUGGCAGCCUUCUCGUCCCAAGCCCGGAUACUCAAAAUGCUGGAACACGCUCAAAGAGGGCCGCGGAAGGAGAGCAUACGCCAGUCCUGGUUCGCGGGGAUCGGGCUAGGGACAUCUCAGAGCCUCAUGACAUGCACCUGGGCUCUGGAUUUCUGGUAUGGCGGGAAACUAAUAGACGAAGGGUUCAUCAGCGCGAAGGCGCUGUUUCAGACGUUCAUGAUUUUGGUGAGUACCGGGAGAGUGAUCGCGGAUGCAGGGACGAUGACCAAUGACUUAGCUAAAGGAGCUGAUGCAGUUGGAUCCGUGUUUACCGUUUUGGAUAGGUACUCGUUGAUUGAGCCCGAGGAUCCCGAUGGAUUGAACCCCGGGAAGCUCAUUGGGCGCGUUGAGAUUGAAGACGUGGAUUUCGCGUAUCCAGCUAGGCCGGACACGAUGAUCUUUAGAGGCUUCUCGUUGAGCAUUGAGGCAGGGAGAUCCACUGCUUUAGUGGGGCAGAGUGGGUCGGGGAAGUCAACGAUCAUAGGCCUAAUUGAGAGAUUUUAUGAUCCUAUAAGUGGUGUUGUGAAAAUAGACGGCCGAGAUAUAAAGACGUAUGAUCUGCGGUCGUUGAGGAAACACGUUGCGUUGGUAAGUCAGGAGCCCACGCUAUUCGCGGGUACCAUCAGGCAAAAUAUAACUUACGGGGCGGAUGAGGGCGUGGGGGAGGCGGAGGUGGUGGAGGCCGCGAAGGCGGCCAACGCGCACGAUUUUAUCGCGGGGCUGAAGGACGGGUACGAGACGUUCUGUGGGGACAGGGGGCUGCAGCUGUCGGGAGGGCAGAAGCAGAGGAUUGCGAUAGCGAGGGCGAUACUGAAGGACCCGGCGGUGCUGCUGCUGGACGAGGCAACGAGCGCGCUGGACACGCAGUCGGAGAAGGUGGUGCAGGACGCGCUGGAGAGGGUGAUGGUGGGGAGGACGAGCAUCGUGGUAGCGCACAGGCUCAGCACGAUUCAGAGCUGCGACACGAUCGCGGUGGUGGAGAAGGGGAAGGUGGUGGAGAAGGGGACGCACGCGGCGUUGAUAGGGAAGGGGGAGAGAGGGGUGUAUUACUCGCUUGUUAACCUACAAAGAUAUUCACAUAAUUAAGUUGAUGCUGUUUUUUUUUGGUUAAAUAAAUGUUUCUUGUCUGAGAUUAAUAUGCCGACUUUUUCUUCCAUUUUUGGAGGAGCAGUGGAAUUGAUGGAGGCUGUGUUAAUUCCUUGCUCAAAUCUGCAAUGUUUUUGCACAUGUAAUGUGUACAUGUAUAACAAAUUAAGAAAGGAAAGCUUAAGAGUUUUUCA